UCUGAAAUACGAUCUGGAGACUUUCUGGCAGUGCUGACCUGCCCAAGAGAACAUGCCUCUCGCGAAGGACCUCCUGCCCCCGUCCCCGGAAGAGGAGGAGAGGAAGCCCAAGAAGAAGCGCCUGGUGCAGAGCCCCAACUCCUACUUCACGGGCGUGAAGUGCCCAGGAUGCUACAAAAUCACGACCAUGUUCAGCCACGUGCAGACCGCGGUGCUGUCUGGGGGCUGCUCCACCCUCCUGUGCCAGCCGACAGAAGGACAAGCAAGGCUCACGGAAGGAUGCUCCUUCAGAUGGAAGCAGCACUAAAAGCCCCGAGUCAACAUGAGUGGGGAACUAUCCCAACAAACAGAUUUAGGAUUAAAAAAAAUAAUAAUAAAAUAAAAUAAGAUAGAAUAGAAUAGAAUAGAAUAGAAUAAAAUAAAAUAAAAUAAAAUA